CAUUUAGACUAUUCUUUGCUGUAAAAAAAUAAAUAACUGUAUCAACUUAAUUUGGCUUUUUGAAGAGUUUUAGAGAGCUAUACAUAUAUAUAUUCUCUAUAGUGUACUGUGACUGGGGUCCUUUAUGACCAGGGCAGCAGGUUUGACAGGUAUAUCGGAAGUAAAUAACGUGCAUAACUCAAGCUGCUUUACCUGCGCCAGGUGAGACGAGUCAAAACUCAGCGUCUCCAAGCCUCGAAAAACAGUCAACUUUCGGUUUAAAAAAAAAAAAAGAUGAACAACCCCAUUCCAUCCAACCUAAAGUCUGAAGCUAAGAAGGCUGCUAAAAUCCUACGGGAAUUCACAGAGAUUUCCAACAGACAAGGCCCUGACAAACUUAUUCCAGCCCAUGUGAUUGCCAAAGCCCAUGGACUGGCUAUCUUAUCCGUCUUUAAAGCAGGAUUCAUGAUCACUGCUCGAGGAGGAAGUGGGAUCGUGAUUGCUCGUCUUGCUGAUGGAAGAUGGUCAGCUCCUUCAGCCAUUGGCAUUGCUGGUCUUGGUGGAGGCUUUGAGAUCGGGUUGGAGGCAUCUGACUUUGUCAUCAUCUUGAAUCAGCGACGAGCAGUGGAAGCUUUCAGCAAAGGGGGAAACCUCACAUUUGGAGGGAAUUGCACUGUAGCUGUUGGUCCUCUUGGCAGGAAUAUGGAGGCAGAUGUGGCAUUUCGCAGCACGGCGGCUGUCUAUUCUUACUGCAGGUCACGUGGCCUUUAUGCUGGAGUUUCUCUUGUUGGUUCCUACAUCAUGGAACGUAAAGAGACUAACAGAAAGUUCUACGGCCAGGAUAUUCGUGCAUCUGGUAUCAUCAAUGGUGAUGUGGAGCCCCCACCAGAGGCAUAUGACCUGUAUACUAUUUUGGAUGACUACACAGACAAAUACACCAGUGAUUGGCAGAGCAAGUAUAUGAAUCCUAAUCGAAAGAGUAUAGCCCCAACUAGACCUGCCCCUCCAACCCAGAGAACAGCUUCUUCUUUCAGUUCAAGGGCUGAAGCUUCUUCUGCUUCUUUUCACCCGAGGCCAACUCUUUAUCCCAGUCUUCCUAGUUGGGGAUCUGAAAGCUCAGGUGAAGCAUCAGGUGGCACUAUCUUAGUCACGGCCAUGCAUGCGUUCACAGGGCAGCAGCCUGGCGACCUGAGCUUUGCGGUGGGUGAUCGCAUCACCGUCAUCACAAAGACUGACUCACAGUACGACUGGUGGGAGGGUGAGCUAAGAGGACAGGUGGGCAUUUUUCCAGCCAACUUCGUCUCCCUUAACUGAGAGCGCAAAAGGGCUUUGGGAUUUAAGGAUCCCUGUUUGACAGACACGAAUAUGAAGGGUUUCUUUUCUUUUUUUAAAUAAGUAAACCAUAAGUAAAUUGCUAAAGGCUUGUAUUUGGUUUAGUGGUUUAUAAGGUUUUUCAUGUUUGACGUUCAAGUUUUAAUUAUUGGUCACUGUCUAAACAAAUAAUCAGAUCAUAUUUAUGGGUUGUUAUGGUUCAUGGUUGUUUUGUAUUGAAUUACGGGAAUUGUUUAAAUGUAUUUAACAAUGCACCUAGACAGUUAGUGUAAAGCUAACAUAAUGACAAGUGACUUGACGUCAAAGCAAGCACUAGUGUUUUUCGAAGGAGUGUUAAGUGAUUGUUCUUCUGCCGGUACCUUGUUCCAGAUGUUAUGCAAAUUUUUAUAGCAUUUUUGUCCUCACUUCAGCUACUGGUAGAUAUGAACAGCACAUAAAAUGCACAAAAAAAAUGUAUUUAAUUUUUUCAAGAAAUACUUUAAAUUGUAUAUAUACUUUGCUACAUGUGCCUUUAUGUAUAAAGAGUAGAGUAGAUUGCAUUGACACAGUGAACGAAUGUUAAAUAAUAUGCAUAAUUAAUCAAAUGCUAAUUGAUCUACCGUUUUUACUACACAUAACUGAUAUUUUUAUACGGGUGGUUCUAAUAAAUAAGAGAUGUUUAAAGGUGUUGUGUU